AUGUCGGCGGGGCGGUCACAGUGUAACAAGGUGGAGGAGGUGGAACUGAGCGCCGCCGCCGUCUCUGUCAGCCCCGGCGCGGGCGGCGGCGGAGGCGGAGGCGGCGGCGGCGGAGGCGGAGGGGACACAAAGCCGUGCUGGCGCGCUCCCCCCACCCCGCCGCCGCCGCGGCUGUUCCACGCGUGGGGCCCGCACCCCCACCAGCCAGCGGCUGUCGCGCACGCGCAGACGAGGCCGGCCGCCCUCCACCGAGUCGCCGGCAUUCGUCUGUCGCGCGGCUAUCCACGCACCCACCCAUUCCGAGCCGCGCGUUGCCGCCACGGCCAUAAUCUGAACAGAGUAUGUGCGAGAGCUCUCCUGGGAGGCAGUAUCUCCAGGCAGGGUAAAAAGGCACAUAUUUCCAUAUAUCCCACACUCUCAGAAGCAAAACCAGCAUCCGACUUCAAUCAAGGGAGCAUGAGAGGUGCGGAGGCGGCGGCGGCGGCGGCGGCGUCUGCGGGGCCGGCCUGCGUUAUUGCGCACUCCGGCGUGGACAGCACGCACGCGGGCGCGGGAUCGCCGACACGUUUUAAUUAA